AUGACAGAAAAUAUCAUUGAAACCUCAUCACGUUCAUCAACGGACAAGCAUCGUUCACCGUCGUUGAAACGAAACGAAGUCGCUUUUCAAUUUUCAAAUUCUGCUGAGAAUGUAGGCGUACAAGGAAUAGUCCAGUCACCUUUCUCAAGUCCACGUACUGGUUAUCGACGACAAAGCACAGAAGAUAUUCAAGCAAAUAUUGUUGCUAAUGCAAUGUCAAAGAGCAUCGAUGCUUUGAACAUGGCCGAGAAUCAAGGGCAAAACAGCUUUAUGACAGCUGGUGGGACGGAAAAUACGGAACAUUUCGGCUCAUCAGCCUCAUUCAACCAUGCAUCAUCAAGUUCUUUACAUCGAAGUACAAGUGGAGUGAAUUUGGGUUCUCCCAACUAUCCUCCCAACCUAUUAGAUAUAAAUAAGUAUCCGAUCAACUAUGAUCCACAUCCAGAAAUGGUUCAUCGACCGAAUUUGAAUCAUAUCACAUACAAACAAGACGUGGCCGUUCGUUAUUUGCAGCCUCCAACACCACCACCACCGGGUCCAAUCGUCAUUCGCGAAAUAAGAGCUCCUGCUUUGCCCGACGCUCCUCCUAUUGUAAUUAAACAGCAGCCUCCUGUUCCACUGACACCACCACCCAUCGUUGUCCGAGAACGUCCUCCUCAACCUCCCGCCAUCAUCCCACCUCGAGUUAUUGAAAAAUUCAUUCCUCCUCCACCACCAACUUCUCGAAAAGUGAUUAUUGAACGAAUGCAGGCUUUGCCACCGAAACCUCAACCAGUUAUUAUCGAGAAAUGGUUACCUUAUAAACAACAAGAGCAAAGUCGCGUUAUUGUUCAGCGUGCUCCAGCACCUCCUCCUUUGCCAAUACAGAAAAAUACGAUAAUAACAUGGGAUGCUCCACGUGUUGAUGUGAUCAGAAAUGUGCAAAAUCUGGGCACUAUUCGUGCUGAUCCAAUGGCGUACUAUCGCCAAUUCGGUGCUAAUCUGGCUUCAUCCGAUUACGUUCUUUCUCAAAUGUCAAAAUACGGUGUGACCUAUGGUUAUCAAACAAUGUAUAACAACAGUACAAGACUAAUGACUGCUGGAGAAACAGCAGAUGAGUUCGCUAAUCAUCAGGCCAGCGAUCAAGAUAUUUUGAAUGGACAUUACUCAUCGAGCUAUGUGGCUGAGAAUGAUUCGAGUUCCGAUGUGUUCCUGAACAAUAACAUAACAUCGAGUGGAGUCACAGCGAGUUAUAACUCUGCACAUUACAAUGAGACAGGUCGAAGAAAUCGACAUUCAAGUACCAGUGAGCAACAUGUUCUACAACAAGCUGGUUUGAGUGUUGCAUAA